CAGUCUUGCUCUGUCACCCAGGCUGGAGUACAAUGGCAUGAUCAUUGCACCUCUGCCUCCCAGGUUCAAGCAUUUUCCUGCCUCCGCUUCCCGAGUAGCUGAGAUUACAGGCCUGCACCACCACGCCCAGCUAAUUUUUGUAUUUUUAGUAGAGACGGGGUUUCUCCAUGUUGGCCAGGCUGGUCUUGAACUCCUGACCUCGUGAUCUGCCCACUUCGGCCUCCAAAGUGCUGGGAUUACAGGCAUGAACCACCGCGCCCGGCCUUUUUUUUUUUUUUUUUUUUUUUUUUUUUUUUUGAGACGGGGUCUCACUCUGUUUCCCAGGCUGGAGUGCAGUGGCUGGAUCUCCACUCACUGCAACCUCCGUCUCCGAGGUUCAAGCGAGUCUCCUGCCUCAGAUUCCCGAGUAGCUGCGAUUACAGGCCUGCACCACCGCGCCCGGCUAAUUUUUGUAUUUUUAAUAGAGACGGGGUUUCACCCACCAUGUUGGCCAGGCUGGUAUCGAACUCUUAACCUCAAGUGAUCCGCCCGCCUCGGCCUCCCAAAGUGCUGGGAUUACAGGCAUGAGCCACCGCGCCUGGCCGGUAUUUGUGUAUUUGUUCUUUUCUUCAUUUUUCACAUCAGGAGUCUGCGUUUCAGAAUAGUAAAAAGAAAUGCCUAGGAAAAGGCCUGCAGUCUCUCCAUUUCCUCAGUAGCGUGUUCCCCAAAGACCAAACCUUCAGGGGAAACGUCUAGAAUGAGUGACAGCUUAAGGCUGCAACCUUGAACUUUCCCAGGACUCAGUUUCCCCAGCUGUGAAAUGGCUGUUGUCCAGCUGUCAUCUCCAGGCCCGGGGCACUGACAUUUGGGCCACUCUCGGUCUCCCACUUCAUUCUGGGCGCGCAUUAGCUCUGGUCCGGCCAGUUCCGCUGCAGCUGAACACCAAGAUGCGGCACCCAGGUUACCCUGAUCAUCGCAGAUUUCUCCCCAGGGCUCUUGUUCUGAGGCCUCAAAAGUGCUCCUUGUAGAUGGGACCAGGGGUCAUUUGGGCAGUAGCAGCGCCUGGUCUCAGUCUGGUACUGAAGUUAGGAAUGGCUUAAGGUGAAAUCGUGGUCCUCUGGUGAAGACCCCCCUCGCCUUGUUUAUGACAAGAGAACUUCUGGGGGCGGGAGGAAGAGUCCCUGUUACGAUGCUGAUCAUCAUUGAGCUUUUGCUGAGCAGAAAACUCUUUAGUACUCAAGGUCGAGAGUCUCUGGUGGUCUGCCUGGCACCAGGCACCUUCCUACAACCCCAGUUUUCCAGAAGGACAAAGCCUGGGGCAGGCGACGUCCUCGCUCGCAUUUGAACAGGGCCGCGGGCCAGCAGAGAUGCGCGAUGCCCAACUCUUUCCAAGAGCACCUCGCGUCCCGAACCGGCGCCUUCAACUCGGAGAAGUCAAGAGACCCGCAAGAAACUUGGAGAAGAAAUGGGUGACCGUUGGUGACACAUCCCUACGAAUCUACAAAUGGGUCCCUGUGACGGAGCCCAAGGUUGACGAUAAGAACAAGAAUAAGAAAAAAGGCAAGGAUGAGAAGUGUGGCUCAGAGGUGACCACUCCGGAGAACAGUUCCUCCCCAGGGAUGAUGGACAUGCAUGACGAUAACAGCAACCAGAGCUCCAUCGCAGAUGCCUCCCCCAUCAAACAGGAGAACAGCAGCAACUCCAGCCCCGCUCCAGAGCCCAGCUCGGCUGUGCCCAGUGACGGCACCGAGGCCAAGGUGGAUGAGGCCCAGGCUGAUGGGAAGGAGCACCCAGGAGCUGAAGAUGUUUCUGAUGAGCAGAACUCACAGUCCUCGAUGGAACAUUCGAUGAACAGCUCAGAGAAAGUAGAUCGGCAGCCAUCUGGAGACUCGGGUCUGGCCGCAGAGACGUCUGCAAUCUCUCAGGUACCUCGCUCGAGGUCUCAGAGGGGCAGCCAGAUCGGCCAGGAGCCCAUUGGGUUGUCGGGGGAUUUGGAAGGAGUGCCACCCUCUAAAAAGAUGAAACUGGAGGCCUCUCAACAAAACUCCGAAGAGAUGUAGACGAUGCUUUAAAGCCUCCGAUCCAUGUUCCAUGGAAGGUACAUCAGCAAUUAAUUCUAGAGCAACUUUGCCCCAGCGAUUCCUCUUGGGUGCGAACAGAACUACUAAUGUUUCAAGUUUACCAAGUGCAAAUCCAAGAAGACCCAGAACGGCGUCAUUUCUCAGACACUGAAGAACUCUGCUGUGAAGCAAAACACUCAAACCUUUAAGGGACUGUCCUUGGGGAGGCAGGCGGGGCUGACAGCUCAGGAGUGUCUGCACACUGUCUCGGAAGCCAGGAUUCCAUUUGUGUUGCUGCUGUAUUUUUUCCCCCACUUCUCUAUGUAACGAUAUAAGCUAUCGGAGGGUGGUACCAAUCAGGAACGCUUUUCGGCGGGGCUGUCCACUGUUCAACCGAUUCCUUCCGCUUUCUUUUUUUGUGCCUUGUGCCCUUGAGGUGACCUCUGGCAUGUAUCCUGGUGGUUCUUACAUCCCCCUCUGCAAAGUGCCCUCUUGGUUUGGUUCGGGCGACGGCUGCCACCCUACUCACCGCUCUCCUCCCUGCCCCAGGACUUCAUCGGAGCAGGCAGGGUGGAGCGAAGGAGCUCCUUAGCCCACCUGGUUUGCAGGUGCAGGGGGACCUUAGGCACGCCCCAAGCACCAGGCGCCAGGACCCAAGGACGCGCAGGUGUUGGGGCACAGUCCCCAAGGGCUUGGCCCCUUGGAUCGGGCUGGGCACUCGCUGUGCUCUCCCCUCCUUGGGGCAUUUAGGACUGGGCGUCUCCAAGCCCACCAUGGCCCAGAUGGACGUGCAAAGCCCUUGGAAUUUUCUGGCACUUCCUCUCUAUUGCCCCCCACCACCACCACCCCCAUCACUGCUUUCUCCCAGCCCUCCGAAUACGAAAUGGCUUCUCUGGCUGACUGCAAGGCUGUCUCCUUAAGGCACUGAGUGGGCCAGGGAGGCUGGGAGCCGGCGGCAGGAUUAGCUGGUGCUGAACUUUCUCUCAUAGGACGUCACUUGGAUUUCAAAUCCACGGUCACCUGCUGCCCUUUGCCUCUCCCUGACGCCCCAGCCUGUGCCCCGGAGAGCAGGAUCGCAGUGGUCAGAAUCCACGUGCUUUCCUGUUCGCAGGCUGUUCUGACUCUCAGAGCCAACAGCUGGACCGUGUCUCGUCCCCAGAACAUGCCGUCUGUCCCCACCGGGGAGCAGGCCUUGAUGGCUGGGCCUCGAAGGCCACAAACAAGGCGUCGAGGAAUUGGAAAGAUUUGCACACCCUCCAGAAAGGAGAGACGCAAUCUCCCCUCCCUCCCAUCCCCCACCUGCGCUGGAACAGCUUCCUCUCACUGAACAGAGACGCCCCCUUGGACGAACUGCCUAAUCGUUUGGUUCUGAGGCCUGGUUUGCUCUUAAUUAAUAUAUGAACUCCUCAGACCUUAAACCUUUUCCUAAGCUUUCUUUACUGCACUGGAGUUCUGACUCCCUUUGAGUUGUGUGUUACUGGGGGGGUGGGGGUCAUGGGUUUUGUUGUUUUUUGGGGCUAAUUGGUGCAUAUUCAGGUACCACCUUUGACGUGUGGAUCUUUCUCCUGACCAUCAUGGGAAGUGUCUGCUGGAUUCCAUUUUCUAAGAGUUUCUGAGGGUGAGGCUCUUAUUUUUUUUUUAAGGGAUCCUAUUUCCUGCACUUCAAGAAGAAUCAAAAUGUUCCUGAAUUUCAAAUACCUCAUGCAAAAUGUCUCCUGAAAUAAGGGAAAAAAAAAACACACACAACUUUGAAAAUCUUAAUGUUGAAGUUAGCAAUGCCGAAAGGUUUCUGUCUUAAAAAAAAAAGAAAUCCUUGUACUUAUCAGUUUUGCCCCUUAGGCAGUCAGUUUUGUUGAGAACUGUGUCCUGCGUCCUGGCGCAGAACCUACCUGAUGCGGUUCCUCUCCACGCAUCUCGAGGCGGCGUUACCUCCAGAUCCCGUAGAGUUAGAGUCACAUUUUUCUUUGCAGUGAAACUCCAUCUUGGUGAGAGAUGAAUUUGGAUAUUUAUUUCCUUUUCUUUUUUUGGGAAACGAGAGGCUACAACAAAGACAGCUGAAGGAGAAUGAAACACACACAUCCACAGAAACAGAGAGACGUAGGUGGUCCUGCCGUUGGCUGCAGCCUCUCUGGACAGGCGAGGGGAGUUGGCGCAGGUGAGGACUCAGACGACGUCCACCGUCCCAAGGCUGUCACUAGUAUUUCUCUGAAGUGCCUGAAGGUAGGAAUGGGCCGGCGAUUGGGACCAGCUGGGCCCCGCCACGGCCACGCCAGGCAAAGCGCCAGCAGCCCUGCACUCCACGCUGGCCAAGAAGGCCUUCCACGCAGAAUGACGAGACUGCAAAAAUCCGAUGUGCUUCCUUCCCUGGCGCAGUCGCUCCUUGAGCCGCUGCCCCCCACCCACCCUGCACCCCUCGCCCUCCCCCCACCACAGAAUCUAAGACCUUUCAGCUUCGAGCCAGGGGGCGGGGGAUCCCGAGCAAAAGCCUUCCGUGGACAUCAGGCCCUGUGGCCUCAAGGGCUCCCAGGGCAAACCUAAUUCCCCCCAACACGUGAAGUCGGGGAAGCUGCGGCUACACAUUCCACAAAGUGCUGGCACUUACACCCACAACCCGGAAGGCUGUGGACCGAUUCCUCUAGGGUGGUGACCUCCCAUUAGCAAACGGUGUCAUGGUUUGGAAUGUUCAUUAUCGCCAAGAACCUGGUUAGAGGCAUAAAGACCUUUUUUCACCGUUACCUAAUUUUUUCCCCUUUCAAGACUUUUUUUUUUGGUGUGUUGUACAGCAGUAUAAUUUUUCACUUAUUUAUUCCAUCAGUAGAUAUGGUUUGUACAAUGUACAAUGGUUUCAUUUCAGAAAAUAAAAAUUUCAAAUCAUGAA